CUUCUUAAGACAGUAAUAAAUCUUCCGUUAGCAAACAUUACAUGCAUUCACCAAGAAAAACAUUGAAAACUGCUGUCAUUSUAUAGUCGAUAACAAAAUAUUCGCAAUACGCAUGCUCAGUACGUAACCUUCAGCGUUGGACAUGACGACAUGUUUGAUGCGCCGASUAGUGAGUGCUGCAUCUAUCGGAUUGUUAUCAUCCAGUUCUUGAUUAAGCUUGUUGGUGCAGAUACAGUGUUUUUAUUAGUGUUCACAACCGAAGGAGAUCACGAAUAUGGUAACCUCUAUUGGGAUUGUCUGGCCAGUUUUGGUUUUAUUAGUGUCCACGACCCAAGGAGAUCACGAAUAUAAUGAUGACGAUUUCCAACACCAUAAAGACCCAACGGACGAAUCAGAUGAAGGCCUUGAAACAGGAGAAAUUCUAGCGUUGAUCAUUGGUGUUUUCGCGGGUGGCGUCACGUUUGGUCUAACCAUAAAAUGUUUCUGUGAAGACUGUUGCAAGAAUUGUUGUAACUACUGGUUCAAUCAAGGGAAAGUGAAUGUCCAAGAUGCAGAAUAUCGAACUGAUGGUCGAAGACUUGCCUGGACCGCUUGACUGUUGGACACCGCGGUAGUGUACGAUAAGAGUACUUACUAGAGUAUUCCGCCGCCCAUAGAUAUAAGAUUAACAUGUCUACUAGAGGCAAAGUGCAAAAAGUGACUUCAAGAUCUUUCUGAGUUAUAUACUUGUUUUGAAGCAUUCUUUAUUUCAAAAGCCAUGGAGCACACCGUGUCCAGGCAACGUUAAGUGUGUCCAGGCUACGUUGAGUGUAUGGUAUUGUGCCUGGACACGGUAAUUAGCCUGCUAAAAUACGAACAACCCACACGGUUUUGUUUCUUCGUAAACCAUGAGAGUAAACAUUGAAUAGGAUAAUGACCUCGCUCUAUGCAUUAGAGUACAAACAUUAAAUGUGUGCAACACUUUCCACUAUUUACUAAAAAAUAGUGUUGAUUAAACAAUAGAAAACAAUAGAAUUACCAUAAUUUAGCAGUAUUCAGUGGUAUUUAUGUUGCAGUUUUAGUAUUUGCGCUCUAUCCUAUACAUAAUCCUCAGAGCUCGACCAUUAUCCAAUACAUACUGUGCAAGAAGAAAUCUGGUGUUAUUAAAAUAGUCCAAAACAAAGAAAAAAUGCGCACUUCUUCGUAAAUACGCAAUCAAGAGUAAACUAACCUUACAGGAAUUACAUCUGCUAUUUACUAGUAGUACAAAUGCCCUUUUUGUACCUCUAAGUUGGCAGCAUCUUGUUAUUCACGUUAAAUAGUAAAUAUACCAAAGAGUAAUGUUAUUCAUUGAGUGUUGUGGCAACUCAUAACAUCUGAUCACGUGACAGGUAUAUUAAAGUCGAAAUACUGAGACUCUAAAGUUUUGAUAAGUGCUAGUGUGUUUAGGGGUUUCUGCCUAUUUGUUUUGCACAAUUCUCGACAAUCUUUUUACCAUAUAAAUAUACCUGAAC